GCUCCCAUCAACAUUGGCCACAGUCACAGUAGUGGUAUGCGCAAAUAUUCGUGUAGUUAAAUUUGUUACACACAUUUGUCAAUUGAAGAUCCCGCGAGGACCGACACAACAUCUUUUGUGUUCCAAGAACAUUUUUGUAUUUCUCAUACCGAUUUCGUGUUCCCUAGUUUGAUUUGUGUUAUAUUCGACAAUCAUUCAUAUAAUCAUUGAUAAUCAUAUGGUCGAAACGUCCCAACACUGGGGAACAAAUACCAAUAAAUUUAUAUUGUAUUGUACCGUCAGUUGGAGAGCCGUUGUCAUCGGGUUAACCCGAAUUCGUGCUGAUUCAUACGCUCUGGAGAUCUGCGAGUCCACGAAAAGGUUUUUUAAACGGCUCGGUUGGUUUCUCUCGAUCUCAGGCUCAUUUGACAUGUCAAAUCCAUUAGAGCGCAUCAAUUAUGUGCAAGACAGCAGCAGUGACACAGAGACUGAUUACAAGGAGACUGAUGGAAGAGGGAGGCAUCGCUUGUACAAGAACAGACUGAGUUGUGGUGGCUCGUCGAAGCCGAAAUCUUGUCUGGUACAAAGGGACAGCAGCGGCGAUCGGCAUUGUCAUUUUUUCAAUUCCGGCAGAAAUUCGCAGAGCACGAGAUUCAUUAACAGCUACCGGGCUUCGCAAUUUAUAAGAAUUCGUGCGAACGUAAAUGUGGCCAAACAGAAUCAAAGUCAAAACCAAAACAGUAGCAGAGAUAACACAAUAUCAGGAGGAGCGGCGACAACAUCUACUACCGGGGUUAGCAAUCAACCAGCUAGCGAUGAAAGAAUCACUCUCAUCGUCGAUAAUACCAGAUUUAUUGUUGACCCGGCUUUAUUUACAGCACAUCCCAAUACAAUGUUGGGUCGUAUGUUCAGUUCGGGCGUAGAAUAUGCUCAACCUAAUGAACGUGGCGAGUACGAGGUCGCCGAAGGCAUUUCUGCCAUGGUUUUUCGCGCCAUCUUAGAGUAUUAUAAAGGCGGAGUAAUUCGAUGUCCCCCGACUGUAAGUGUUCAAGAAUUACGAGAAGCUUGCGACUACUUGUUGGUGCCUUUUGAUGCUAGUACAGUAAAAUGCCAAAAUCUUAGAGGAUUGCUACACGAAUUAUCGAAUGAAGGUGCACGUUGCCAAUUCGAGGUAUUCUUAGAGGAUUUAAUUUUGCCAUUAAUGGUGAAUAGUGCGCGACGUGGCGAUCGCGAGUGUCACAUUGUCGUCCUGCUCGAAGACGAUGUCGUCGACUGGGAUGAGGAGUAUCCACCCCAAAUGGGAGAAGAAUAUUCUCAAACUGUCAAUAGUACGGCAAUGUAUCGCUUUUUCAAGUAUAUCGAGAAUCGGGACGUUGCCAAGCAAGUAAUGAAGGAACGUGGUCUCAAAAAAAUUCGUCUAGGUAUCGAGGGCUACCCGACUUACAAAGAGAAAGUGAAGAAACGCGCCGGUGGCCGCGCUGAGGUCAUCUACAAUUAUGUUCAACGACCCUUCAUCCACAUGUCUUGGGAAAAGGAAGAGGCCAAGAGCCGUCACGUUGACUUUCAGUGCGUCAAGUCUAAGUCAGUGACAAAUCUCGCUGAAGCCACGGCCGAUCCCGUUCUGGAUGCUACUGGAAAUCCCAUGCUUCUUCAAGUCGCUGAAGGAGCAGUCGCCCAGCCAGAAGUGGUCGGGCUUCCUAUGGGUUCGGAUGCCGAUGUAGAUGGACCAAUGGGACCUGGCGAUCAAGACUUAGGACCGCUACCAUCUGACGAUUUACCAUAAAAGACGGAAAUAGACUAGAAUUUUUAGCAAUUCUGAAAAAGAUCUUGGAUACAAACUUUAAAAAAUAUUUACAAUAUUUAUAAAUUUCUUGAAGAAAAUCUUGUAGUUUCGUCUUGACGAAUCAGAAUCAAAUUCUGAAAACCGGAGUGUAAUGGAUUUUUAAAAGACUGAGAUGCAUUUGACUUGAAUCAUUACAAAUUGAAUCCCGAAGACUUUGGAAAUACGUUGGAUAUAAAGAAUGUUGUAUGCUGGAAAUUUUUUGAGAUGUACAUCUUGAAAAUUCUAAAGCUUAGAAAAACGGAGCAAAUUGUUUAUUUAUAAGGCUUUUGUUAUCACGUGAUUUGUACGACCGUGUGACUAAAACCAGGAUUUAUUGAAAGAUAUAUCAAGGCGCUAUGCACUCCAGUCUUCACGAUUCAACGUUUCACUUUUUUCCCGGUGUCUUUUUGUAUUCUGAAUGCAAUGCUAUCUAGAUAUAACUUAUUAAAGACGAAAGACGUACGAAGAAACAUUUUUAACAUUAAUUAACCAAUAUCGUUCAGUUAUCCUUCGAGGUAUGUAUGACUCUGUUUAAGAAAAAGGCUUGUAUUAAGACUAAAUGUGAAUUUCUUCAUCUAGCAUCUCUUGUCAUAGAGUUUCAUGAUCUUUUUGCAAUUUUGUGUAUAUAAACGUUUAUAAUAUACUUAUACGUAGAUUUACUUGUAUAUUAUAUAUAUAUAUAAACUGCGAAAACGAUCGAUGUAUUAUUAUCGCAUCUUCUACUACCAUCGGUCUUUCCCAUUUUAUACUAUUAUAAUAAAUAAAGUUAAAUACGUGAUUUCUUUUCUCAAUAAAUAAA